AUGGCACCCCCAUCGCAUGCGCCGGAGCAAGGCCAGUCGGAUUCCCAACCGCCGACGGUCGCUGCUUUUUCUCCUUCUACGAUCACCGGCUCAGCUCUGACAUCGCGCCAGCGUUCCAGCGUCAUCGUGCAUCGCAAAUCUCCCUUGUUGGUGGCCACACCACCGGCCAUCACGCGGGCCCUGGCCUACUCACACCCAUACCUUCUUCCCCUGAAUAAACUCGCUGGUCUUUUGACAUGGACCUCUGGAGACCCAUGGCAGAGCUUCCUGCUCGUGGCCAUCUUCUGGACGGUGGUGCUCUACAGUGAUGCCAUCAUUCUUUGGGCAGGUCCGAUCCUGGUUGUGGUCGCGUUGAUCCUCGGCAUGUAUGGGCGCCGCUACUCGCCUUUGUCGUCAACUAUAUCAACGGGUGAAAAGCACCAGAGGAAGGUCUCCCAGGACUCAACUCGCCACCAAAAGAGUUUGGACGAAAUUGUUGAAACUCUCCGCAUCUUCACAACCAGAUGCAAUAUACUCCUCGAGCCUCUGCUCGACCUCACCGAUUUCCUAUCAACCCAGCGUACGCCCACAUCGGCGACGACGAAGCCUGCACUGACGGCUCUUUUCAUUCGCAUCCUUUUGGUAACUCCUGUAUGGAUCCUUAUGACUCUCCCGCCAUUCUAUUUAAUAACCACCCGCCGUGUCAUCAUGGCUGUCGGCACUAUCGUUUUGACUUAUCAUUCUCGGCCCGCGAGAGUCUCGCGUGUCAUUCUGUGGCGGUCACGGACCGUGCGUCGACUCUGUGCCGCGGCCACGGGACUUUCAGUGGCCGACACCCCAAGCAGUGCACCAAAGGCCCAGGCUCAAGCCCAAGGCCAAAGCCCGGGCCUGAACAUCUCUACUCGGAGGCGCGGGAAUAACUCGACUGUACGAUUCACAUUUGUUGUCUAUGAGAACCAGCGCCGCUGGCUAGGUAUUGGAUGGACCUACUCGUUGUUCCCGUCCGAACGUGCUCCUUGGACGGACGAACAUAUGAACGCAGUUCCUCCUAAAGAUACAUUUGAAUUGCCGGAUGUUAAAACGGGUGAUGCCAAAUGGCGUUGGGUUGAGGGGAGUGAUUGGCGCGUCGAGGGAGCGGACUUCUUCAAUUCAAAGUCCGAAUCGAAGGGUGCCACCGGCGAGGGAUGGAUAUACUAUGAUAACAAGUGGAACGAUGGUCGCCGCGGUCAAGACGGAUGGGACCGCUACACUCGCCGACGCAAGUGGUACCGUGACGCCGAGUUAGCCGAGUUAUCACCAUCAGGCACAGAGAACACCUCCGAAGAGACAAUCUCCGGACUCACCCAAGCCCUGGAAAAGGAGACGCAACAAGGGUUCGAUGAAGAUGCCGACACCAAGAGCACUGCCCCAUCCACUGCCUCCAAGUCCCGUCGCCGACGCUGGUUCAGCAACAGCAAGGAAAAGGAGAAAGACCAACUCGCUUCUCCCAUUGACAGCGGCCGUGCCUCGGGCUCAAACGUCUCCGGCGCUGUUGAUGGCCCAGGCCCCUCGCGACCUAUCAGCAUCCAAAACUCGCGCAAAUCGUCUCAAUAUCAUGCCCGCGAAGGAAGCGUGGCGACAAGUGACAGCGCCAGCUUACGUGAAAAGGAAAUGGCCAAUUCGCAGGACCAUCUUGAUAAGUGGUCAACCCGGGCUGCGGAUGGGACGGAGCGAGCAGAGAGAGAAUGGGGACUCAGCGAUGACCUAAAUAUGGGAUUGAGUUGA